AUGUCUCAUGUAGGGAUGAAGCUGAACCCAGGAUGUGACCGCCACAUGUCGGCAGAAGGCUUGGGCCGAGCCGCGUUAGCGGCAGACUACGAGUCCAAUCAGAAGCUUCGCACGGACGAGUUGGAGGCCAUCUCCAAGGCGGUUCAGAUCGUGUCGCAGAAGCUCUCCCUGUUGGAGGUAAACUUCCAGAGCCUUUUGCAGCUGAGGAAGGCCACUUCCCUGACCCUGCUCCGCAGUGCCAAGAAUGAUGAUGUGCUCAAGGCCAAGCUGUUGGGCUUUUUGCAAGGCGAAGCACAGCGUUUGAAGAGCGCCGCGUUGACCAAUCUGCUGGAGCCAGUGGCAACAGCAGCUUUGGGCAAAGUGAGGGAGACGAUUGAAGGUGUGAUCCAACGGCUUGAGGAACAGGACAACCAGGACACCGAAAAGCAGACCUGGUGCGCCUCGGAACUCAAGAGCAACGAGAAGAAUCGCAGGUCCAAGACUGUGAUGGUGGAUGAGUUGAAUGCCGACAUCGAUCGUCUGAACACAUCGAUCAUCUCCCUGGGCGAGGACAUCGGGAGCAUGCAGAAGGACUUGUCGGAUUCCGCCGAGGCCAUGGCAAACGCCACAGAGAUCCGCCAGCAGGAAAAGUCCAUGAAUGCCGCCACAAUCGAAGAGGCCCAGAAGGCCCAAGCGGCAGUGCUGGAGGCCAUCAAUGCGCUGAAAGAGUUCUACGAGUCCAGUGGCUUGGCCUUGGUGCAGAGAAGCAAAGAACCUGCCAUGACCGGUGCCUACGGUGGUAUGACCAGCGAGACGGGUGGCGUGGUCAGUUUGUUGGAGACCAUCUCUGCAGACUUUGCGCGCUUGGAGGCAGACACCAAAUCCGAGGAGCAAUCGGCCGCUGAGGAGUUUGACAAGCUGUCCAGCGACUACAAAAUCAACAAGGCUGAGAAGGAGACCGACCUGAAGCACCUGCAGUCAACCAAGGUGGAGAAGACCUCACAACUUGCCACCAAGGGCUCAGAGCUCCAGAGUGGUGAACAGGAGCUCGCUGCAGCUCUGCAGUACUAUGAGGAGCUGAAGCCACCUUGCGUGAAGGGAGGUGAGGCUUGGAAGGAGCGUGAAGAGCAGCGACAAGAGGAGCUGGAAUCCCUGAAGAAAGCCAUGGACAUCAUGUCAGCUGCCAGCGCCUAGGACAGAUCAGUACGCAGUGAAAUCAUUGCAUCGCCACACAUCAGAUGGAGAAAAGGUUGGGAAAGCGGGC